GUACUAAAUUCACUUUUAUAAUAAGCAAUUUUAACACUUUAUACAGAAUUGAAGCUGCCUGUUCUGCACAUCCCACUGCUGAUGUAUUUAUAAGCUUUGCAUCUUUCUGAAGUGCUGCUGCGUGCUCCAUGUCUGCUCUUAAACAGCCUACCAUCAGAGUCGUGGCUAUUAUAGCCGAGGGUGUUCCUGAGUCGGACACUAAGCAGAUGAUUGCUUAUGCAAAGUCAAACAACAAGGUUGUUAUUGGUCCAGCUACUGUUGGAGGCAUUCAAGCUGGAGCUUUCAAGAUUGGUGAUACUGCUGGAACAAUUGACAACAUUAUUCAGUGCAAGCUUUACAGACCUGGAUCUGUGGGCUUUGUCACAAAAUCUGUGAGUACUUUGUGGAGUCUUUUUCACCAAGACUUUGUUGGUCGAAUUAGCAGAAUAUUUCAUCCAAACGUCUAUACCUUAUUGAUUCCAAUAGUUCAACUAAAUCGUUCAAUUAUAUUGUAAGUACCUUUAGCAAACGUUUGUGCGGUCUGGAAUUUUCCAAGCAGAAUAGAUUGAAUACUAGCAGU